AUGAAUUAUACAUUUUUGGGUUAUUCCUCUAUUCUUAGUGUUUAAGUGAAGGCUAUAAUUACGAAAAUAUAUUCAGUAUCUUUUAGAGUAAAAAUUUAAUUCCUUUAGCAUUAAUGAUCGGGAUGGUAUUACAUCUAGUGCUGAAUAUGAAAAUUAUUUAAAUAAAGUUAAAUAAUUUACUAACUUGUGCAAAGUGAAUUAAAUUUAUUACUUUAUUCAGAUAAAGCCAAAGUUGAAAAAUUAAUUUGACAAGUUUAGAAGAGAUAAAGUUUAAUGGUUCUUAAAUCAUUUUAUGAAUGAUAAAAUAUAAUUUAUUUAUAUUAUCAUACUAAAAAUGGGUUUAAUUUAAAACUUUAUAUGUUAUUGUUUUUAAAAAAUUAAAAGUAGAAGCGGAAUUGAAAUUUAAUCACGGCUGAAUUUUUUGGAGGAAAAAAUAAAAAAAAAUAUUAUUGUUUACCCGAAGAAUUAAAAAAAAAAUUUUUUGUCUUUCAAAGACAAAAAGGGAUAGCUAAAUCAAAUCUAGAAAGGUUAAAUUCAGAAAUUGAGGUUUAAGCUCCUCUGA